AUGCCGAGAAGGCGUAUCGUGGGCCUGGGUGGUCUGAAGCAGUCUCCUCCUCUUCAUCCUCCUCGCCUCGCCUCCACCCUUUCCUCCGAACGAUCUUCAGCCGCGAAAGGGGUUAUAAGAUUAAAACGACGAGUUUCCUGGUCGAACCCAGCAGUUCGUCCCCACCCACACACUUCUGCCCACGACAACAUCAUACGCCAGAUCCCUGUCUGCUUGAACAUGCUUCUUCGCACAGACCACGAUGAUGCCCUUUUGCUAAGAAUUCCGGGAACCCCGUGA